CGGCCGCUUGGAAGAUGGCUGCGCCCUGUGGCUCGGAGCUGCCCGCCAACUCGCCGCUAAAAAUCCCGAAGAUGGAGGUGCUCUCCCCGGCUUCUCCUGGUGGCCUGAGCGACGGAAAUCCAUCGCUGUCCGACCCUUCCACGCCUCGGGGUGCCUCCCCGCUCGGGCCGGGCAGUGCGGCGGGCUCAGGGGCAGCGGCGUCCGGGGGUCUCGGGCUGGGGCUGGGGGGCCGCAGCGCCGCCUCGUCCUCGGUCUCCUUCUCCCCUGGUGGCGGCGGUGGCGGGGCUGCGGCAGCCGCCGCCGCCGCCUGCCGGGGCAUGUCGUGGACGCCGGCCGAGACGAACGCGCUCAUCGCAGUGUGGGGCAACGAGCGGCUGGUGGAAGCGCGGUACCAGCAGCUGGAGGGAGCCGGCACGGUGUUCGGCAGCAAGGCCCCUGGGCCAGCCAUGUACGAGCGCGUGUCCCGGGCCCUGGCCGAGCUGGGCUACGAGCGGACCCCGUCCCAGUGCCGGGAGCGCAUCAAGACCCUUCGCAGGUGUUACAGUCGGGUGAAAGAACAUGGUGUUGGGAAAAGAAAGAGCAGUUACACAUUUGAACAGUUGGAACAGGUGUUUGGUCAGGGAGGAUGGGAUGCUCAGCCCUGCCAGCCUGUACUUAUUAACAGUAGUGGCUUGUACCAGGAGCUGGGGUCAGAUGGCAGCGCUAUGGAGGAGUAUCCACAGGAGGACUGGGGAAACCACAGUCAGGAUCUCCAUGGCUAUCCAACAGAUCAGGAAUUGGAUGAAAUACCUGUCACAAAGAGAACAUUAAAAAUAAAACAAGAGUCUUCUGAAGAAGCACAGAAGAGAGACAUCAUGCAAAAUAUUGUACAGAUUUUGGAAUCAGUACAAUUGAAGUGGGAACUGUUUCAGAGCUGGACGGACUUUUCAAGGCUUCAUCUUUCUAACAAACUGGCCAUUUUUGGAAUUGGUUAUAACACCCGUUGGAAAGAGGAUAUCCGUUACCAUUAUGCUGAGAUCAGCUCCCAGGUGCCCCUUGGCAAGCGACUGCGGGAGUACUUCAACUCCGAGAAGCCUGAGGGACGGAUCAUUAUGACCCGCGUGCAGAAAAUGAACUGGAAAAAUGUUUACUACAAGUUUUUAGAGAUCACCAUCAGUGAAGCUAGGUGCCUGGAGCUGCACAUGGAAAUUGACUGGAUACCCAUUGCCCAUUCCAAACCAACUGGUGGGAACGUGGUUCAGUAUUUAUUACCAGGAGGCAUUCCCAAAAGUCCAGGCCUUUAUGCCAUUGGCUACGAAGAAUGUAUGGAGAGGCCCCCCUCGCCACACCUGGAGCGACGUUCUCUGGACCCAGGAAAGGAGGGCCGGGUUGACUUGGAGACCCUCUCGGCACAAGCCUCAUUACAGGUGGAAAUUGAACCCACCCGAAUAAUCUAUUGCUACCUCGGGAUUGCUGAGGUCAGGACUCUCCAGCAAUGCUUAUUUUUACAUUUCCAGGCAAAUACCAAAACCUUCAGCAAAGAUUGGGUUGGUAUUAAUGGGUUUUUGUCUCAGAACUGUCUUGUGGAUCCCGGGGUUUCCCCCAAAUCCAUCUAUAUCAAAUUCGUAGAAGUAGAGAGGGAUUUUCUUUCCGCUGGCUCUUUAGUUGAGUGCCUGGAAAAAGCCAUUGGAUACCCCUUAAAAUUUAACAACUGAAUGUCAUCCUUCAUAAGGAUUUGGGCUCUCACCUCCCUCUUCUCUACUCACUUUGCAUUAGACUGCCCCUCAUCCAGAUGCUGCCAUCAACUUCACGGAAACUCUUUCCACAAUCGGGCCAGUACAACUUCAACGGAAUCACACUAGACUUUGGGCAGAAAAAACAGGCCUCACCUGAAAAUGCUCAUUUUGAGCAAGCAAGAUAUACAGCGAACUUGCAUGGUGGGUCAGCUGUUCCUUUUUUAAAAACAAAAAGACGAUUUUUAAAUGGAUUUUAGAGCCCUAAUAUAAACCAAUGUAGGUACAUUCCAUAUUGGACAAAACUUAUACUUUGAGUUUCAUAUGAAAUUGAAAAAUUGUAUUUUUUUCACAAUGUUUCAUUUUUACACAUCUCUAUGUCUCUAUAUAAGUAUUAUUUACAACCCUGAAUAAAUAAGCAAUAGAUAAUGGCAAGUUAAAUCUUGAGUCACAGUAAAAAUAAGACUGUUUUUCAAUAUCACCCUUAGCUACUAUUGUAUAUAAUUUAGAGUUUCAUUUUUUUCACCAACCAAGUGUUUUGCUAUUCCCAAUCAGUGUUGCCUGCAAAGACCUUUGUU